AUGUAUAGUAGUGCUGAUAUUUUGCCAACUGACAUUGAACUCAUAAUUAAUAAAAUAUUGCAGUAUUUUCAUAUUUAUACAGUUCAUACAGAAAAAUUCAAGGAUAUUUGCUAUUUUGUUAAUAUUGAGUACAAACAUAUUUUAGGAUCUGUGAAAACGCAUUGGUUAUCCCUACAGCCAGUCGUUUCUAAAAUAAUAGAUUUAUAUCCUGCAUUGAAGUCAUAUUUUAUGUCGCAAGAAACGUGUCCUACAGUUUUAAGAACUUUCUUUAAUGAUCCUGUAACCAUAGGAUGGUUGUAUUUUAUACAAAGUCAGUUGAAGGUGGUAUGUGAUACAAUAAAGAAGAUUGAAAGUGAUCAUAUAUCGGCAUGUGAGUUGUAUGAAGAACUAGAAGUGUUAAGAGGUAAAAUAAAAAAUCGGAAAAGUCAAAAUUUUUUUACAUCAGAACUGGCUCAAUUUAUUUCAGAUCUUGAUAAGAAUAAACUAUGUGACACAGAAUAAUGGGGAUGUCACUUUGAACCAUUAAACGUUUUUCGUUGGAUUCAAAUACUAUAUUUUCCAAUUUGGUGUGAUGUUUAAGAAAGUAUUAAAUAUAUUAUUAAGAAUAAUACAACAUUAAAAAUCGAUGAAGAUGAACUUUUUGACGAAUUUAAUCAUGUGAUAAAUAAAAUGAAGCUUAAAAUGCAAAACUGGAAAAAUUGAAAAUAGGAGGUGUGAAAUAUUUUAAAUUGUAGAAGAAAAUAACAUUUCCAUUAAAUAUUUUACGAUUAUGUUAGAGUAUUCCUUGGCUAUUCUCGAAACUACUGCGUUGGUAGAAAGAGUAUUUUCAAUUACAAACGUCUUAUGCACAGAUGAAAAAAAUCAAUUUCUUAUGGACACCAUUAGAUCAAUUAUAAUCGUAAAACAAUAUUUUAAAGAUAUGUCGUCUAUUGAAUUUCAUACAUUUCUUUUAGAACAUCCCAAAUUGUUAAACUUAAUUAGCUCUUCAGAAAAAUAUGAAAUGUCAAAUAGUGAAGAAAUGUCAGAAUAA